UCCGCGCCUGCUCAGUGGCGGCGGCGCUUAGCUAGCGCGGAGCUGUCACCGCCGACGGCUGUUCCAGCUCCGCCGCAGCGAUGGAGCGCAACCCCGCCACGCUGCCGGCACCACUCUCGCCCAGAUCCAGUCUUGUGUAUGGAAAUGUUGAAGAUUUGAGAGCAGUGAAAAAACACUUUUGCUUGCAAAAAAGGAACAUUUUGGUCCACUUGUAAGUGUGACACUUGGUGACUAACCUGCAAGAUUUCUUGGCUGACAUCUGAAGAACAAAGUGCUUUUCAACCUGUACUUCUAUAGCACUAUGACUAACUGUAAAGGCAGAUCUACCAUCUCCAAAACAAAUGGCAAAGUCCAUGACAGAGAAGGCUUUGUAAACUGGACCAUAAAUCUUAAUACAAUUCAGUCUGAUAAAUUUUUGAGGCUGCUUUUAAGUAUGGUUCCUGUUGUUUACCAAAUAAACCAAGAGGAAAGACACAAAAAGGUGAAUGGUGUCUGGCAAGAUGGAUUGCAACCAGUAGGACACAAUUUUAAUGUCAGGUCCGAACAACACCCGGAAUACCAUCACUUCUCAGAAGCGAGAUUUCAUGGUAGCAAUGGACACAGCCCAUCCAGCUGUAGCCCUAAAUAUGAUGAUUUUACCAGUUACAAUUACUGUGAUGGAAUGGACACUUCAGAAACAGAUGCCAUGUUGCAGGACGACACUCUUUCUAGUGGCAGUAAUGAGGAUGUCAUUGUGGAAGGAAGUAGAAAACAACCCAAAGAAUCGAGUAGUAUUAUGGCACUGCAGAUACUUGUACCUUUUUUGCUGGCAGGGUUUGGAACUGUUUCUGCUGGCAUGGUUUUGGACAUUGUACAGCACUGGGAUGUGUUCAAGAAUGUUACUGAAGUCUUUAUCUUGGUUCCUGCGCUCCUUGGUCUCAAAGGAAAUUUAGAAAUGACCUUAGCAUCCCGGCUGUCAACUGCUGUAAAUGUUGGAAAAAUGGAUUCUCCCAUUGAGAAAUGGAACCUAAUAAUUGGCAAUUUGGCCUUGAAACAGGUUCAGGCAACAGUGGUUGGUUUUCUGGCAGCAGUGGCAGCAGUAAUAUUGGGCUGGAUUCCAGAGGGCAAAUACCGCUUUGAUCAUUCAGUCCUUUUGUGUUCUAGCAGUGUAGCAACUGCCUUCAUAGCUUCUCUUUUGCAAGGAGUAAUAAUGGUUGGAGUUAUUGUAGGAUCUAAGAAGACUGGUAUUAAUCCUGACAACGUUGCCACUCCUAUUGCAGCAAGUUUUGGCGAUCUCAUCACCCUUGCCAUAUUAGCAUGGAUAAGUCAGGGUCUGUACACUUGCCUUGAGACAUAUUACUAUGUAUCUCCUUUGGUUGGUGCCUUUUUUUUGGCUCUGACUCCAAUGGGGAUUGUCAUAGCUGCCAAACACCCAGCUACCAGAACUGUCCUCCGCUCAGGAUGGGAGCCUGUUAUAACUGCCAUGAUUAUUAGCAGUAUUGGUGGCCUUAUUCUGGACACGACAGUAUCUGAUCCUAACUUGGUUGGAAUUGUUGUUUAUACCCCGGUAAUUAAUGGUAUUGGUGGCAAUCUAGUUGCUAUUCAAGCCAGCAGAAUUUCUACCUACCUCCAUUUACACAGCAUUCCUGGAGAGCUGCCAGAGGAGGCCAAGGGUUGUUAUUACCCAUGCAGAACAUACUGUGGUACAGGAGUAAAUAACAAAUCAGCCCAAGUUCUACUUCUCUUGGUGAUUCCUGGACACUUGAUUUUUUUGUACACUAUCCACUUAAUGAAAAGUGGACAUACUUCCUUAACCCCCAUCUUUAUAGCAGUCUAUUUGUUGGCAGCUCUGCUACAGAAGUUGUAAAGGGGGACAGAGAAGAAGCGCGUGUCAAGAUCAAAGUUUUCCUUCCUUUUCUGAUGCAGUAACUGAGUUGAACAGUGAAGCGACAUGAGCAGUGGGCGACUUCUAAGCUCAGUGGCAUUAAAAGAAGAAAAAUAAAAAAGUAGUCUGGGGACACUCUGAUCGCAGAAGCUUCUCAUCUCUAUCAGUCUCAAAGUAACAGCAAGGGAGGAAAGUCCAAUACACUCUGCCCUCUGUUCAGUGGAAGGUGGGGGGGUGUGUGCAGGGAGGGCAGGAGGGUGUUUUGUGGAGAGCACUAGAGAAUAUGCUGACCAGAAAUGCAUACGCUGACCAGCUGGCCGUCAUCAACCCAUUACAGGCAAAGGUUAUUCAAGGUAAACCAGAGUAAUGAGAUGGGAGGUAUUUCCUUCUGGUUACUUAGGCACAGCAGGAUAAAGUAAUCUUUGAAGACCUUUCCAAGCUUGAUGGCCAAGCAGCAAGUACAGAUUUAAACACAGGGAAUUUUAAAAAAAAAAAUUUUUCUGAAUAUAGUAGUCUACUGAAAACUAGGUGCAGACAUCAAGUCAAUUCAUAGGUACCUGCACUGAAAGCAGUUUUUUAAUAGAAGUAUGGAAAUACUGAAAUGUAACUCAAAAAGUCCAUUAAUUAGGUUCUGUCUCACUAUGAAAAUUAUGGUGGAAACCCUCCACAUUUACCAGGCAGGAUUUUGUUUAUUUCUAUUGCAUCGCCUGCAGCUAGUUCUGUAUUACUGUGACCAGGCUCACAACCAGCCUAUGCUGGGACUGCUAACAUGACACUUGAUCAUGGCAGACUGAAGGGCAAAAUUAUCCAAAUUAAUUUAGCAAGGAAUAAAGAGGAUAAAUAUCGUGAAUGGCAUUUGCAGGCCCAUUCCUUGCUAAAUUGUUUUUUCUCUUCAAUUUUGCCUUAACAAAGACUUUGCAUCUGCCUUUAAUUCUUCAGUUACAUUCAUAUUUGGAGGUUUGGUUUGUGUCCUAUGCUAGAACUGUACUAGUUGCUGCAGAGCUCCCCUCAUCUGUGGUCCAUCAACUAAAAACCAGCUGACACCUAGCUGGGUCUGUCCAGAACUGAUAAAACCAGAGCUCAUGUCCACCAAAUUCUUCUUAACAGUAUUUGUUCAGAAGAAGUGUGUAUAGCAGCCUCAAAAUCCACAGAAAGAAAGGUCUUCAAGUGAGAACUGUCAGACAGACAAACUAUAGGUGGCACUAACGGUCCUGGUUGUGUGACAUCAAGAGAGUCAGUUGUCUGAAAUCUCAAUUAUUAUCAGCUCUCCUUCCCCCAGCCCAUCAAUUACACCAUCUCAGUUCGAGGAGGUGUUAGUUAUUCAAGAUACAAAAUGUUUUUUAGUAUUACUUUUGUUUUACCAGAUGCUAAAAGGGUGGGGAAUUUUUGAGCAUGAGGUUACAUGCAAGCAUGUUUUCAAUUCUGUUUUCACAUGAAAGGUGUGAAUAAGAUUCUUGAAACCUUGAUGGAGAGCCUUGAAGUUACAAACAUGGUUUAGACUAUUUUAAGACUUGGCUUUUACAGUUUGCAUCCAUAACUACCCUACUUAGUGUACAUAUGUGCUAUACACCAAGUUCUAGAUUGUAUUCUUCAAAAUGUUCAGCAUUAGACAAUAAUGGGGACCAACAAUUUUUCAUACUUGACAGUCCAAGCAUUUCUCAAAUCAUCACAAAUAAUUAUUACUCUGCGCAGAUUUAUACAGAUGACAGUCAGACAAUUGUAGCUGUGCAAGUCUAAACACUGUAUAUAAAAGAACAAUUGCAUUUUCAAUAAAGGGAUUUUAUUAAACUGACCUGAACUGCAGCAUUUUUUUAAAGUAAUAGCUGUGCAACUUUUCAUACUUUGAUUUACUUCACAUUUCACGGCAUAUUAAUUUUGACUUUACUUUUUCAAAAUGUUUGAGCACUCAAAUGAGGAGCAUACCAAAAAUUAAUAUUCAGAGAAAGAAUAUUGUGUGUCCUGAAGAUGGAAAUGCUUAACAUCUUCCCUGAAAACCUGGGGACAGACAAACUGGAAUAUGAAUUUGCUCCGAAAAUGUCUCUAUAGAGUGACUGGAUAAUAGAAGAUAAAACCAAUAUUAACUUAGGAGCAUUUUUACCAAGUGAGAACAUUUUAGAAGCAAAUUAUAUCCUCUGAAGGAAACUCUUGAAAUAUUACAAAGCUUUAUUAUUUUCUCCAUUUCAUGCAUUGAACCUAGUGACCUACGGAGAAGAUUAGGCUGAAUACUCAUUAUUUUUUCAAUUCUUUGUAUUGCAAACCAAGAUAACCUCAGUUGCCAUAGCAGAGAAUGCACCAGGGCUAUGAAAAGAAGGAUCAAAACUCUUGAAAAUAAAACAGUCAUACAGAGUGGUUGCUAAAACUGUAUUGCCAAAAAUCACAAAUUGCUUCAUACAUUCCCUCCUUCUUCUUCUAUGCACGUCUCCAACUUUGUCCCUGUGUGUCUGUGUGCACUCAGAGAAGGGCACAGCAGAGAAGAGUGAGACAAUUCAGCAUUACUGUGGGGACUACAAUGAUUUAAUUAAACCCCAAACCCACAUCAACUUUGGCCUUCACUCUUCUUUGACCAGGUGCUAGACAAGUACUAAUUGGGUGCUAGGAAAAAAACAAUACUGAACUGGGCAAAACCUGGCAACAGACACACAUGCAGGCACAGAUGCUGGUACUAUUCUGGGACAAUUUCAAAAAUAGGUCAUUAAGUAUUGGCCUUUUCAUCUUGGACAGAAAGUUAAGUACCACAGAGAGGCUAAAUGAUGCAAAGUCUUGAAAAAUCAGAGACUGACAACAAAUGGCACAGCUGUAUAGAAAACCAGCUUUUUAAUUAGGCUAAAACUGUCACACAACAUACUGAUCCAGGAAAAAAAGAACCUGCUCCCUUCCAAUACCACCUUCUCUUGUAUAAUCCCAUACAUCUUCGGAAGCCUGUCCAUUCCCAUUCUCCCUAAUAGGAACUAUUUGGUAUCAUUACUCAUACCACACACAGGGUUUGGGGCUAAUAAGAUAAAUGUAUACAUCUUGUAAAGUAUCUCCUCUGAACAAGGAGAGGGAAAAGCUGGAAGUCCCAAGGAAAAUCAUGCAUAAAGGCCUAUGGCCUGGCCAUAUCGAGGGUGAAGGAUGUGCUGACAUGCAUGUUGCUGUUCUGAAGCUCUGGGGAAAUAUUCUAAAGACAGGGCAGGAAAAACCUGAAGUGACUGAGUUUAAGUGCAAUACAUGUAAGAGGUAAGAAAUCUUCACAGAGGGCUGGAGAAGUCUUGAACUGGGAACACCUGAAGCAAGCAAUCUUCAUGCUGGUGGGCUUAUUGGGAUUUAAUUUAUUGGAGAUGAGUUUGGAGCUUCGUGUUGCUUGUACAAAGAGCACUUUGCAUUGUCCUUCCAGCAGCCAAACAAAAGGAGGGGGAGAAGGCGAAUAGAUGAUCAAUCCUUUUUUGUUGUUCUCUCACAAGAAGAAAUGGAUGAAACCCCAGGCUGGGACCUCAGCAGCCAUGGUGGGGUGAGGGUGAUGGAGUUGUGCUGCUUUCCCAUGGCAGAGGCUCUGUGGUGGGACCUGACCUCUCUGCACCACUGCCACAGCUGCUCGCCACUGCUCUGGCAUGAAAGGAUGGCGUGUGAUGAAUCUCUUUGCUCCUGGCUCAUUCUGUAAUGCAGCAAUAAAUCACUUUUUGCAUGAAAAAGCUAAAAGGUCUGGUUAUUGUAUGAGUUUAAUUUUAAAAUGAAAACUCUCUGCCCUUUCCCCUCCAACACAAGCACAUCGACAGAUGUUCACACUUGUGAUGGCUGGGGCUGAGCUCGUGCUCUCCAGACCUGUGUGUGGAACCUGUAAUACACAGGGACACAACCACUGUCCUUCUAACCCUCCUUUCCCAAGGAAAACUACUGUUGUCCACAGGUGCUUGGGAAAGGGCCAGGCUUGCAGAACUGUCUCCAAGUCAGCAGGGGCAGCAAACAGGGUCAAAAAGGCUACCACUUCCUAUCUCACAACUGCCAGGUUACUGUUGGGGCAUAGAUGAAACAUUAACCUGGUACAACCCAAACUCAGGGACAAGCACAUGGGUUGGGAAGCUCAAAGCCAAGUGAGUGACCUAUAGCUGCUGCACUCUGCUGUUACAUCUUUACUGUGGGAGCUGUAGAUAUGAUUUUCAAGGAAAGGCUUCAGAAUUGGUUAGGAAAAGGCAUGCCAUGGACAUCAGCACAUGAUGCACAAGGAGGAGCCCUGGGCUGGGCACACAUGGAGUCAGCCAGGGUGGAGCUGGGAGUAGCCCUUAAAAAACAGAGUAAGAAACAACAUUUUAACAUAGCUGACAUCUUGGAGACAAUGGAAAAACUGACAUUUGUUUCUGUGUUGCAAGGAGUUGUGGUGACCGGGGUGAGAUAAACUGGGUGGAGUGAGGAAACAGGAUAGAGUAGAUACGUAAAUACAAAAAUACAUAAGAAAUUCCACAAGGAGGAAAAGAAUAAUUUGGACUCAGUCUGGUUAGGACAAGUAAUAACAGAGCUAAACAAGAGCGACUCAGAUACAGGAUAGAUGCUAACAGAAAGGUAAGAUACAUCUGUGCUGAAACAGAAUGAGGAAUGUCCAGCAUUGGGAACAUCCAUCUGCCCAGAAAAAGGGAAAAGGACUCGAAUUAUCUCACCACACAGGCAGGUGUUUUCUAGCAGGUCCGUCAUGCUUUGCAAAUGUGGGAUGGUGACUUCUGUAAGCUAAGCUCACUAUCAUAAAUCUCAGUAUUCCACACACUCCAGGAACAAGGCUUUUGGCAAACAUUGCAGACCCAUACAGGCAGGAGCCAGUCAGUGCUGUGAAUGAAACACCCCUGAGGAAAAGGCAAUAUCAUCCACCUCCAGGAUGGGCUGAGACCAGACGGGAGCUCACACAGAAAUUGUGUGAAACCCUGCACAGGACGUGGGGAGGAGAUACAGGAGGUCUGAAUGCCUGGAGUUGCCUGGGACAUAUGUGCCCUGCUCCCCUCAGCAGCUCUGACCUGGCAGCCAACAUUUAUGGCUUUCUUAGUAACACAAAUCCUCCUCUUUUACCUCUGGGUUGCAGUUCAGGUGUCACACAGUCAAGUAGAAAUACUUUUUUUUUUUUCCUCAGCAGGAUAUCUGCUAUUUUAAGUGAAUACAAUUUACUCAGUCCCAUGCUAAAUCAGCGUAAUAUGUUUCCAAUUUUUAACUCAGUGUGCAGCACACCCAGAGCUUUUGAAACCGAAAUAGGAGAAACGGAGAGAGUUGCUGCAUAGCUGGUUUCCUUACAUAGAAUUCAUGGGCUUUAGCAACCCCCUCGAGGAGAGGGGAACCCUGCAAUUAUGUGUUUAGUGUGUUUAGUUCCCCAGUCCAAGCAGGCCUUUGGUUGGGACAAUGGGACACUGUGGGAUGUCCCUUCCCACAGUGAUAUUGUGAUUACGGUAGCUCCUCAGAAUUAUAUUUGGCCUCAUGGUAGCAUGUAUCCUACAAAGGCGGCUGCUAUGAGGGUUAGGAGGAGGAUGACUCCAAUGUUUCAGGUUUCUUUGUUUAGGUAUGAGCCGUAGUAAAGUCCUUGGCCGAUGUAUAGGUAGAUGCAGAUGAAGAAGAAAGAGGCUCCGUUUGCAUGGAGGUUAUGGAUGAGUCAGCCGAAUUGUACGACUCGGCAUAUGUGAGCAACAGAGGAGAAGGCCAGAUUGGUGUCUGCUGAGUAGUGCAUAGCUAGCAGAAGGCCUGUGACGAUUUCGGUAAUUAAGCAAACGCCCAGUAGGGACCUGAAGUUUCAUCAUGUUGAGAUGUUUGAUGGUGCUGGGAGGUCGAUUAGGGCAUUGAUGAUUUUGAGGAUUUGCUGGUUUUUACGAAGGUUGAGGGCCAUUGGUUGUUUCUGUAUGAGGAUGCGAGGAUGAUGAGAAUAUCUCUGAGCUGGUCAGGUGAAUGCUACUCCUGUGGGUCAGGGAUGCAGGUUCAGGCCUUCACUAAGAAAUGCUGUACUGUUAUUUUUAAGGUAAGAGGCUGGAAGUAGAAAUGCUGAUGCCUGCCAUGUGUAACCUUGCUGUAAGGUCUACCCUGUGAGCCCUGCUUCUGUCUAACUGGAUGGUGCCAAGGUCCAGAGAAGACAGGGAGGAGAGCUAAUUUCACCGUCCCAGAAGGUCAAUGUCAGAAACAAGAACAGAUUGCAUCUCCUAUCUCAAUAUGGCUCUUUUUUCUUGUAAUGAUCUGGAUGAAUUCAUCCUGGCACAGACUGGCAAAACACCUAAACCCUUUGGGUAAUGAUUUUCUUCUCCUUGAUUAAACUAUCACAAAUUAACGUUAAGUUUAUUUUACUUUCUCUUAGUAAGGUUAUAUUGUGCUCAGACUACACCUUGCUAAGGUAACUUUUUCUGGCAUUGUUGACUGUGCUGCUCAGUAAUGCUCACAGAAAGUGACUAACCAGGGUUGCUCAUUCUCCAUGGCCUUAAUUACAGUUAACUGGAAACUUUUCACCUUUCUGCUGCUGUUCAAAAAGAAUUAGAUGACCUCCUGCUUGAAAAAACAAAAGGCCUCUUAUACUAAAAUGCUAGGAUUCAUUUAUAAUCUUAAUUACAACAGGCUUCCCAGGAAACUUUCCUGCUGCAGAAUGUAGCACGGAAAUUACAGGUUAGCACAAAAAGCCUGCCUCAUCAAUGGCUUCCUAAGUCUGAUUUAUUCUUUAUUGAGAUAAACACCAGUGACUCCAAUCCUGAGGGAUGCUCAGUCCCAAACAAGCCAGCCAGCAGUCCUUUAGCCCAACUAUAAUUCUGUCACGAUUAGGCCCAAAGGAAUAUCAAGACAAAAGUCAGAAAAUGAACCAUAACACAGAAGAGGAAAUAAUUUGCUUUUUCAAUGUUUUCUGUUUCUGUUGAAACCCUCAGCUGUUUCAGUCUUUGUACACCAAAACAAACCCACUCCCAUAGCCAACCACAAGUUAUUCUACCCCAGGUUGGCUGGGAGGCAAAGAGCACAUCCAUAAGUCUGCUUUCCCUGUUGGUCCCUGACACCUCUUCCCAAAUGCCAACAUGCUCCACCCACUGUGUCUGCUCUACACAGACAACAUCCAACAUUCUCUGGAUCCAACCACCAGGGCUUUGCUGGAAAAUUCCAGUCCUCCUGGGUUCCUCAGCACAGAAAUAAAAGAACAGAAAAUGCACCUAGGUAAUCUUCCUUAAAGAUUGGUUCCAUUCUUGCUACAUUAAUUCUUCUUAUGUCAGAGCAUGAGGAUAAUGUUAAAAGUUGCUUUUGUCAGCCAUUCAAGACAACUGGAAGGUACGAAUAUUAGUAUGAUGCCUUAUUCAUUUUCCUCUAACACCUCUACAGCUGUGUUUACUGUGAUUUCUAAGAGUUCUCUGUCUCAUCUAAUAACAGAUCUAUUUAUGGACUGCGUACUAAAUGUCGUUUUACAAUAAAAGAACAAAUUCUUAGCGUUUCUUUAAA